GGCAAUGUUGAGAUCUCUUCUGGAAUGCUAAGUUUUUUUUUUCUCAGUUCAUUUCUGUGGGGAGGGCUGUUUGAACUUGCGUAACAUGUUGUUUUAAAGCUGAGUGCAAAGCACAGAGAAAAGGAUAGCAAUGACAGCACUGAAUAGCACUGAGUAGAAGCCCGGUUUGCAUUUUGAGGAACACAAGCGAGCUGCCAGAAACAUAGGACAGUGGAAGAGAAUACAGAAAAUUGAAACACUUUUUCACCAUAAUGGAAAUCCCUGACAUGCCUUCACUGAAACUACAUAGUCGGCCAGAGAUGUUUGAUUUUGAGGGUAUUUCUAUGACUCGCUUUUUCACUGACAACUGGGAAAAGGUGAAAAACUUUCAAGCGAGAUCUGAUGACAUUCUUAUCGCCACUUAUCCCAAAGCAGGUACCACAUGGGUUUCUUAUAUUCUGGACCUUCUGUAUUUUGGUAAGGAUGAUCUAGAGCGUCAGACUUCCCAGCCAAUCUAUGAGAGAGUCCCAUGCCUGGAAGCAUGCUUUUCAACAGUUACAGGGACAGAAAUGGCUGAUCAUCUGCCCACCUCUCCUCGUCUCAUCAAAACUCAUUUACCUGUUCAUCUGGUACCCAAGUCCUUCUGGGAGCAGAACUCAAGGAUUGUGUAUGUAGCACGUAAUGCAAAAGACAAUGCUGUUUCCUAUUUUCAUUUUGAUCGAAUGAACAUGGUACAGCCUGAACCAGGAGAAUGGAACAACUUCUUAGAGAAAUAUAUGAAAGGGAAAAAUGUGUUCGGUCCUUGGUACGAUCAUGUCAAUGGAUGGUGGGAGAAAAAACAGACGUAUUCUAACCUACUGUACUUGUUCUAUGAGGAUUUGGUUGAAGACACUGGACGUGAGGUGGAACGUUUGUGCUCCUUCUUGGGUUUGUCCACCUCAGUUAAAGAAAGGGAGAAAAUAACAAAAGGGGUUCAGUUUGAUGCCAUGAAACAGAACAACAUGAUCAACCAUGUCACAAUCCCUUUCAUGGACUUCAAGAUCUCACCCUUCAUGCGGAAAGGUAAAGUUGGAGACUGGAAAUGUCACUUCACAGUGGCACAAAAUGAAGAGUUUGAUGAGGUCUACAAACAGAAGAUGAAGAAAACCACUGUCGAGUUCCGCACUGAGAUUUAAUAUUCCAGUUCUAGAGUUCUAGGAAGAAGGUUGAUUGUUGCUCUUCUGUUUUCACAUAGAGGAUAUUUAAGAUGUUUUUGCACACAAACUAGUGCUGCACAAUUUAUCGCACAACACGAAAAAUAACAUUGAAUAACAUUGAAACGCGAUUAUCGCUUAAAUUCUUAUUGCGAUUAUGAAAUCGCAAAGGCUGUGAUGUAUUUAUUUUUAUUUUUGUAUAUAUUCUGAUGUGUCUAUGUGUGUAUAUAUAUAAUAUAUAUUGUCAAUGAAAUAUGGCUCCAAAUGCUAAUCCAUCUGAAAGCACUGCGAGUUUGAGUCGCUUAUAAAUGUACAUUUGAAAAAGCAACAUGCGUCAAACAUCUUUCCAGACUUAAGAAGCAUUUAUUAUGUAUUAUUAUAGAUUAUUAUAGAUAUAUUACAUCUUGUCCAACAAAAGACAACAUUUAAUAACAUGUUUUUACUCCAAACUCACUUCAUAACGACAGUUGAGCGUCCUUCUGUGAGAUGAUGUGGAUCUUACACAGAAUAAGGCAGUCAUGUGUUUAUUAGUCAUGUUUAAUCAAAGCGUUUCAAUCCUCUGUUUAUUCAGCUACAGCGAUAUGAUGCAUGUUAUCUACUUCUAUGGCAGGGCAUAUUCAGAGUUUCUGCACAAGAGCGCCCUCUGGCUUUCAGAUGGAGAAGCAUUUGCUACUGAUCACAGAGCCAUACAGCUCUGACAAGCUGCGCAUUAAAUAAUCGCAGCCUUUGCCAAACCUUGUGCGAUUUAAUCGUGAUAAAUUGUGCAGCCCUAAAAACACUGUAAAAACCUAAGCUAUGAUGUACUCAAUUUUGUACAUGUACAAUUUAAGGCUGUGAAAUCAAUGAAAUCUACCUUAUGAACUGAGUAAAUGUAAGUAAAAAGUUUUUAGUAGAUCUAAAUAACUACAUUUGAAACUGAGUAGGCCCAAUGAGUUAUGGUUAAUCAAAAGCCAAAUUAAAAAAAAUAUUUAUGAGUAAUGUGAUCUUUGUUAUUUCAUUGAAUUUACUGCCACACUUUAAUAUGUUAAUUAUAUUAUCAGAAAACUUAACACAUUUAGCGUUGUCAGGCUUUUAUGUGUGCUUAAUGAAUAAAACAGGAGCUGCGCACUCG